AUGACAUCGCAGACCGCUCUCGAAAGUUAUAACACCAUACCAUUCUCAUUCGUUAACAUCUACAUCUUCACGUAUUUGUGCGUGAAGAUGUUAUCCAAACCUUCGUCAAUCGCUUACGCAUCCCUUAUCCUUGCCUCGUUCAUUCCUUCUACUAUCUCCCAACCCGCGCUCGACGAUGACAGCGUUUUGGAACGCCAAUACUACCCGAUGCCCUAUACCUACCCACCGGCGCCUGUGUACCAUCCCCCUCCAGUGGUGUACGGUCCACCCAUGACGCCUUGGAACGGCGCCCCUCCUGGUAGUGGUAGACGUGUUCGUCCCAAGAACGUCCAAUCAAAAACCGGUAAAAGGAAACCACCGGCAGCCAAACCACCGGCCCCAGCCAAACCUGCACCAGCCAAACCACCUCCACCACCUAAACCACCUGCGCCAGCUCAACCACCUGCGCCAGCCAAACCACCUCCACCAGCCAAACCACCCAACAGUGGUGGUAGGCCAGCUCGAGGAAGGUCACCUCGCCCCGCCAAACCCCCCGGUGGUGGUCGGAAGCCUGGUCACAAUGGGGCUUCCCCUCAUCGGAAGGGAAAUGGAAACACUCGUCCUGGCGUUGGAGGAACUCCGCACGACAACCUGGCAAGCCCAAAUCCGGUGGUCAAAAGCCUCGGCGAGGUGCAGUUGCGCCUCGCCCUGGAGGAAAUACUCGUCCAAGGCCAUCAGGCGCCGGUCGUUCGCGGGUCAACGCUGUGUCAAUCGUCCAGGAAGACGGCGAAGAAGGCUGGUUCUACGGUGAAGAAACUGGGGUCUGCCUUCAAGAAGUCCUCUCGUGCGAAAAACCUUCUAAAGAAAGUAGCCGGUACCGCGUUGAAGGCAGUCGGGAAGCGCAAGCGAGAUUUUGUGGGUGAUUUCGAUUCCAACCUCCUGCAGCGGGACUACAGCGACGAGGAAGUCUAUUCACGCGAACCUGGUCUCGACACCGAGAGCUCGUUGGAAAGCCGAGAGUUUGGCCUGGAGGAACCUAUUCUGUUGGAACGUUCGAGGGAUGUCUAUGAGCCGUUCUGA